AUGAUUCUUCCUGUUUCUUCGACCCACCAGCCUUCUUCUUAUCUCCCUUCGGUUUGUUUGUUAGAUGUGAAAGUAGAGCUCAAAGACAAGCUUCAUGUCGUUUUGUUCAAUGAAGAACUAGGAACAAGAGAUUCUCUAUGUUGCGUAUGUUUGGGAGAAUUCGAGUUGAAGGAAGAGUUAGUGGAAAUGCCUUCAUGUAAACACAUAUUUCAUCUCGAUUGUAUUCACCUUUGGCUUUAUUCUCACUCUACUUGUCCUCUCUGUCGCUCCUCUGUCUCCAUCUCCUCCACCAAAACCUCUGCGAACGACGACGACAACAUUCCAGAUUCUCCUCAAACUUCACCGGUUUGA